UGGGAUAUGAAACCAUGAUGUUCUGCAGCCUACGAAGUCCACUAGAUGUUCAAUUGUAUGAUUCAGCCUUUGGAAAGGAAAACCGUUCGCCCAAUGCGUAAACAUAGUGAGGAGAAAUGAACGAGGACGCGUUUGAGGUCCCUGAAAGGAACGAGUACCGCUACCUCGUUCAGGAUGAGUCUGAAGAGGAGGUCCAAUAUGCCCACCGCUACUACGUCAGCCCGUUCCUACAAGUGUCCCGCAGGUGUAUGUUUUUGAUUGGCUGUGGCGUUCUUGCCCUUCUCACUCUUGCUGGAUACCUGGCUUACCUGGCUCAGACUCCAUCCCGUGGAUAUGCCACAGUGCUUACAGACUGCGGCUUGCUGCAUGGACGAAGGAAAGACGGUGCCUACUCCUUCAAAGGUAUCCCAUAUGCCGUGCCACCUGUUGGCGAACACCGCUGGCAACCUCCAGCGGACCUGAAAGCAAAUGGAAAGUGCUGGGAUGGCGUUUAUGAUGCCACACAUUUUCGUAGCAUGUGUGCCCAGGUGCGGCCUCUGAGGGAAAACGGGCACGUGAUGGGUCAAGAGGACUGCCUGCACUUGAACGUCUGGACACCCACCUUGCUGCCUACUAGUGCCCUGCCUGUCAUGGUGUGGAUCCAUGGAGGACACUUGCACAUGCUGAGUGGACAGGAGAAAGGCUACUCGCCCACUGAGGAGCUGGCGAACCGAACACAAACUGUGUUUGUCAGUCUGAACUACAGGCUUAAUGCAUUUGGCUUCAUGGCUCUGGAGCUGCUGAGAAAAGGUUCUCCCACCAAUACCUCAGGGAACUACGGCUUCAUGGACCAGAUUCAAGCUCUUCAGUGGGUUCAAAAAAACAUCCAUGUGUUCGGUGGAGACCCAAAGAAAGUCACCAUAUUUGGAGGAACGUCAGUAUGGGCUUUGAUGAUUUCGCCUCAAGCUAAGGGUCUGUUUCAUCGUGCAAUUGGAAUGAGUUCCUCAUUCGUCUCUAACGCCUCGUUGGACUCAGCCGAACAAGACAACCUAGUGUUCUUGAAGAGAUCCGGCUGCCAAGAUGCCACCUGCCUUCGAAAGCUCAACAUAACUCGGAUCCUCCAGGCCAUUCCAUGGGAGGAAUACCCAUCCUGGGCCAAAGAUGGACUAACAGACAUCCCUGUUAAAGGGAAGUCAUAUGGUCCAGUUGCAGUUUUAGAUGGUCAUGUUCUCUCCACUCUUUCAUUAAAAUCUUGGGAGAAAGGUGGAUUUUACAAUGACGUUCCAUUCGUGGUUGGAACAGCAGAGCAAGAAACUGACUUCAGUCCACCAAUGAAGAACAUCUCCACCUGGACAUGGGGCGACUACCAUUUUUUUCUAUCAGAGAAGCUGAGGCCAUUUGGAGAGGAUGUGCUGUCCCAGGCCCUGAGGCUGUAUAACAGUUCUGCUCCAUGCCAAACCAAUGACCGCUGUCCUGAAAGACUCUACACAACUUUAGUGUCAGAUAUGAGAGCCAGCUGCCCCAGUAGCCACCUGGCCAAGCAAGCUGCAGAGGUUUUGAAGAGCCCUGUGUACCGCUACCUGGUGACGUACACUCCAUCCAAAGCAGCUGAUUCAUCCACCUUGCUCCCUUAUCCAAGCCGCUUCUCCUUCCACAUUAUGGACAGCUUGGCGUUCUUCGGCGGCCUCGAGAUGGCACUCGGCACGAUGACCUCUAAAGACAAAGCGUUUCAGCAAACGCUCACAAAAUACUUCAUCGAGUUCGCAAAAGAAGGUAAAAUGCCAGAGGAUUGGCCCGAGUUCCCGUCCCAGACCGCGAUGCUGAAUCCGACGCUUUCCGUGGCACAGGAUCCUUUAGCAGAGAGAUGCGCUCUGUGGGAAAAGAAUAACUUUUAUUCAUACGCCUGGAUCAAUUAAUGUGGUUUUAUUCAACUCUCGAAAUCAUAAGCUUCACUUAUCAAAUAUGCACCAACCAUAAGCGGCUACGAAAAGAAGUCUGGCUGUUUCGUAUUGCAGUUUUAACUCUCUAUGGAGUUGGCCAAAAAAUGCAGGGAAGAAGUAUUUCAUUUGCACUGAGAGUCAAGCACAUUCUUUCUUUUCUCUUUUUUUCCUUUUAUUAAUCAUUAAACAGCAAUAAGGGAACUUACGUGGUGUUUAAUAAGGAAAUAAAUUUGCUUGACUACAAAGCACAUUAAUAUAUACUUUCAUAUUGGGCUGCACAAUAAUGUCAAAAAAGAUAGAUUAUUUACCACAUUCGGCUAGGGUGUUAGUUUAGGACCAAACUGGUUCCCUUGCACUUUUAUUUUUACAUUAUGAGCCUACAGUUCUUUAAAAGUAUAUGUCUUUAAACUGGAUACCAAUGAAUUUAUUCCUAAAUCUUUCAUAGGAUCGUUUAAACAAGGAAUUUAGCAUUCCUGAAAAUCCUGUCAAUUUCAGAAAAAUCAUCGUAUCAUACUCGUGCUCCUGAGUGUGUGUGUAAAUUUACGUACAAGAUGACUAACUAAUGUAAACCAUGACAUAUUUGACUAUAAUGUCAAAAAAAAGUCCGAAAAGAAAGAAAGUGAGCCAACACACACAUCAGUUAAGACAAAUAAAACUAGUCAUUCAAUUGUAACGAAAGAAUUGGUGACAUAUAAACAGAAUAACCAGGAACCGUAAACAAAUGCCUCAGCUGAUGGAAGAUUAAGAUCACGCUUAUGAGGGAAAGGAUUUGUGUUUUGGUGUGUGUUUCACAGAACACCACUGUUUUGUCUCUAAUUCAUCUUUUGUCUCUAGAUUUUGAGCUUCUGAGGUGCUGUUACACUGCUAAAUAUUUUUAUUGGCAUAGACACGAGUCAAAAUAAUUUCCACUUCUGCCUUUUUGUCCCCACCGUAAUCACUGUAUGUUUCCAGCCCUCUGUGCUCGCUACCGUUUAUGGAGUUUUAUUGGCAUCACUAAAUGCAAAUGAGCCGAGGUAAGAAUUCGCUUUGCUCUUUACGGGUGAUCAACAUACGCACGCGAGUGUGAAGAAAAUCGGCCUUUCCGGAACUUUUGUAAAUCUCGACGAAAGAGUUCUAGUUCAGGUUGGCUUAUGCAAACAUUUACACACGACUUUACUGAACUUUUUCCAAACGUAAUUUGGAACAAAUUGGAAGCUCAGGAUUUUUAAAAAUAAAUAAAAAUAGCCAAUUAAACUUUGGACAUGCUAACCAAUAUCACAGUUAUGUAUGGAAUAAAAUAAAGUUACAACGCCAAAGUCCAUUAUUUUCCUGUAACAGCACAUCCUGAAGUGUUUUAUUCCUCUUAUACCACGGCAAUUGACCAACAAUUUAAAGUUUCAGUUUAUAGUUAUGUUUAAUGUUUAAAGAAGUUCUUGUUAGUACUUGUACGAUAGCAGCUAUAAAGAGUUGUUCCAUCACCAGCCUCUAAUAAGACAGAAAAACACAGCUUGUCUUCUGGCUCUAGAGAAACCAGAAAGCACAAAGUCCUCUUUUCUAAAGAUUCUCACAUGAGGUAAAACUUAAGUUACUAAGUGCUGACACUGGAGACUCCUUCCAUAAAAUGUUAAAUACACGUCUCCUUACAGAAAACGUCACCAUAUCAACAAUUAUGUGCUUUGUUUUGUUAAACACCGGCACUUUUUUAUGUGGCGAUACAAGUCCCUGUGAAAAUUAGCCAUUACUGUAGAAAGAGUAACGUACUAGAACAAGCGCAUUAAUACAAACCUGAUUUGGAACACAGCCGGAACUCCCGUCAGAGCUGCUACUGACCAAUCAGAUACAAGAAUGAUCAGCGUUAAAAUAUGACAAAUCGUGCAGCCUAACUGUCUUUCAUAAAUGAUUCCUUCCAUUGAUCGUUGUCGCUGCAAAUGAUGAAGCAGAUCUGUUGUUUGCAUUCAGGUGUUAUAAAUACACAUUUCUCUUCCCUUCAUCUUGAAGGCUGACUUGCUUGUGUUAUCUGUGAUCAGAGGGUUCCUGACCCUUCUACGAUCGAGGCUGUGAUUAGAGAAUCAUUCUGUAGGUCUGGGCUGUGUGCUUCUCCAUUAGUUCUCAUUCUGUCUUGAUGAUUGGACAGGUUGACUUGUUCGAUAUGUGCAAGAAGACUAGAUGAAAGGUUCUCCCUGAAAGAGAGCGCAUGAAAGCACUGACAUGUGGAGACCCACAUCAAAGCCCUGAUUCUUUCAUUUUGUGCAGCAGCUUUAUGGGGUCAGAACCUACACCACUUUUUUUUAUUUCCUUUGGGACUUGUUAAAUGUUAUGCUUUCGGUCACUGUUAAUUUGUGCUUUCUUUCUUUUUAAAAAAAAAAAAAAAAAAAAAAAGUUUUUAAUACAGUGAUGUCAAAUGAUUGCAUUUUGGAGGUUAACUUUUAUUUACAUAAAACUUAAUUUUUUUUUCCACAGAUCUACAAUAAACACCUAUUUUCAGGUGAA